AUGGAUGCCGCUCGCUCCUGCCGCCCUCUUCUUUUUCCUUUGUGUGCAUUCUCUUGUGUGCGCGAGGCCUGUCACCCGCAGAAAAGCCUUCUCAGCCUCGUCGCCUCCUUGGUUUUUCUCGUGAUAUCUUCGGGGGCCUUUCCUGCGGACGCCUUAACGAAGUCGCCGCACGCGUCGCGCCCGUUUUCUUCCUUCUUCUCCUCGCCCUCCGACUUCAGGCCACCCGAUGUACCUCCCUCUCUCUCACCUCUCUUUUUUCACCCGUUUUCUGCUUCGUCAGUUCCUUCUGCGAUUCCCAGUCUCGCCUCGCUCGCCGCACCCGCUGCUUCCACGCGGUGGCCUUCCGCUGUCUCCGCCGGCCGCCGCGGCCUCGAAAAUCCUCAGCUCUUCGUCAGUCCUCGCCCUGUCCCCCUCGGGCGCGUCUCGCCUCUCUGCAAUCGCUUGCCUGCAUCCUCGAUUCGGCGGCAAACGUCUUUUGGUUCCCAGGUUGCCCCCGCGCACGCGGCGCAAGCCUGUUUGACGCGAGCCAAUCCACCGAGACCGGGCUCUACCGAUUCGCUUCCUGGCUUCACGUGCUUCUCCUCUUCAGCCCGCAGCAGGCGAUUUCCGGCGGAGUCUCGUUUCGCCUCCACAAUCCGCCCAGAGCCUAGGGAGACUGCGUCGCCUGAGCGGCGCGCAGCGGCGGGACAGGCCUUCUCGUCUUUCUUCCUAAGCCGUGUGAAGCAGACUGGUCUGCGCGCGACUUUGUCUCACUCCUCGUCUAUCGUUUCUUUGCGCGGCCUCUGGCGUGGCGCUGAGGCCCGCCAGACCUCCGAGUGUGGGUCCUUUGGUGGCUCGCCGCGCUCGUCGUCGUGCCCGGGUGCGUCGGGCUCCUCAGCGCGGGUGGCGUCACGCCUGUGUGCGCACGGAGGGCUCGAAGACGACUUGAGUGAGGCCGAAAAGGGCUUCGACAGAGACGCAUGUUCAUCGCCGUUCCUCGUGGACGCGCUUUCCCGCGGCGUCAUCGCCGAUGGCAACGCUCUCGCGAGCCUGGACCGCCUCCUCACGGCGUGGACUGCGGCGUACGCGGCGCGCGAGGAGGCGGGCGAAGGCCGCCGCCUGCGAGUGGCCGGCGACGACGGAGCUCAGCGGCGCGGCAGCGCCCUCGCUGAGGCGUCAGAGUCAGGUUCAGGACGCGACCAGCCGCUCUCGUUCUACAUGGGCGUCGACUUGACUGGCGGGAGUCUGCACGUUGGGCACCUGCUUCCGCUUCUUCUCCUCCGCCGGCUGCAACGCCUGCAGCUCGUGCGCCCAGUCCUGCUCCUGGGGACGGCGACAACCCUCGUCGGCGACCCUACCGGCAAGCUGCGUCACAACUUCGUCCAGUCGCGGGGUUCGCCGCGUGCGGUGCGGCGCGACGGCGAAGACUGCGGACACGCCUCGCUGCUGGAGCAGGUCCGCGCACGCGUCGAGGACGACCUCAGCGCCGAGGCCGCGAGCGAGACGCGCGGAGACGCGCAGCCGCAGCCCGCCGCCGCGUGCCCCCGCCCGUUCUGCAUGGAUCCCGCGAAGACGGCGCGCAUCCAGGAGAACAAAACCGCGAUCGCUCGCCAACUGGCUUUCAUCUUUGAUCCUUCGCAGUCGGACGGAGUGGCGCUAGACGCCUCGCUGCGCCCGGAACCGGUGCCUGCGUCGUUGUGGCCGAGUGCUAGGCGCCCCGCUGCGCGCGAGUCGAAGCCUGCUGCCGCCGCGUCUCCGCCCUCGGCUUUGAUCGUGGAGAACCGCCCCUGGCUGUCGGCGCUCUCCUCGCUGGAGUUUUUGACCGACUUCGGGGCGUUCCUGCCGCUGCCGCGGCUGCUGUCGCGCUCUAGCGUCGAGGAGACACUGGGCCUCUUGCAGGCGCGCCGCGGCGAGGCCUCUGGCCUCCAGCGGGAGCCGAGAAGCGGCGGGACGAAGAAGGGCGCGCACUUCUCGUUUGCGUCGCUUGCGUACGCGGUGCUGCAGGCCGUCGACUGGCUGUUUCUGCGCCGCAACUUCGGCGUGCUCGGCCAAGUCGGCGGCCGCGACCAAUGGGGUAACAUCUCAACGGGCCUCGAGCUCGCGCGCCGCAGAGAUCGCGCGCGGCUCUUCGGGCUCACCACGCCUCUCCUGCUCGCCAAAGGCGGCGCCAAAAUGGGCAAGAGCCCCGGCGCAGGCGCCGAGACGCGCGACGGGGUGACCGCGGAGACCUGCGGAAAAACUGUGUGGCUGCGCAAAGACCUCACGCCGCCAGUCGAGUUUUGGCAAUUCUGGCGAAACGUCGACGACGCAGACGUGCACAGGAUGCUUCGUUGGUUCACGCUUCUCUCCAUCCCUGAGAUCGAGGCCCUCGAGGCGGAGACGCAGCACUACGGCGACCGCGCGCUGAACUUUUUGAAGGAAACUCUCGCAGAUCACGUCACGACGCUCGUUCACGGGGCGAGCGUCACGUGCGCGGUUCGGGCAGUCGUGGCAGCCGGCCGCGAGCGACGCCCGUAUUCGAGUUUUUCCGAGAAAGGCCGCGGAGGCCUCGAGGCGCCUGUCGGCGAGCCGAACGGAGCAGGCACACCCGGGCAGGAGGAUGGUGAUGCGCCGUCCCCCGCAGAGGAUGUCGCGCUGCCGCCGACGCACUUCAUCAGACGAUCGGUCCUCCUGGGCGGCGACGAGCCCAGCGACGCGUCCGCCUCUCGGGUGACGGCCUCGUCUCCCGCGGCGGCUCCACGGCGCGUCUUUCUGUCGGCGCUUCUCGCGCAGCUUUCGCUUUGCGCGUCGCGGGCGGCAGCCAAGCGUCUGCUGGCGCAAGGCGCGGUGCGGCUGAACGGCCUGAGGCUGCAGGCGGUGGAGGGCGAUCUUCCGCUCUCCCUCUCCCACUUCACGUCUCGGCGGCGCGCCGGCGAGCCCGACGCAGCGGCGCUGCAGUGCUCCCUCGCUGUGGGGCGGAAGGGCUUCUCCGUUCUCCACGUCCGCGACGACGCCGCUUGGCCAGCGGAGAAGGCGGGCGAGCACCUCGCCGUCGCCGAGUAG